AUGCCGUUGGACGAGCUGACAAAGAAAAGAAGAACACGCGCAGCACACAGAGGUUCAGCAACGAAGAUAGGAACGAAGAUUAAAGAAUGUUUAGUGAAUGUGAGUGAAACGCCUCAGACGGACAAGAAUGUGCUGAAACAGCUGAGAGACACGCUGAGCGAGAAACUCGAAGCCUUGAAACUUUUAGAUAACGAGAUUGUCGAGGUACUAAGUAAUAGUGAAGCCGAAGACGCAGAACAACAGCUGGAAAAGGAAAUUCAGGAGACAGAUGAUACGCGAGCUGAAUUACAAAAAAUAAUUCUCGACGUGAAUGACGCAUUGUUCCAAGCCUUGCCGUCACUACCACAAGGUCAAAGUACACCAUCGAAUCUGAGUAUGAACGCUACACCAAAACAGACUGUUCGCGCAAAGCUCCCAAAGUUAGAGGUCAAAAGAUUUAAUAGGAAAAUUCAAGAGUGGCAAGAAUUUUGGGACUCCUUUGAUAGUUCUGUAAAUCAGAAUGACGCUCUAUCAGAGGUAGAUAAAUUCGCGUAUUUGAAAGGUCUACUGGUUGGUCCCGCGCAGACAACUAUCGCAGGGUUCACGUUGACAGCAACGAACUAUAAAGAAGCAUUAGAACUCCUGAAGACACGAUAUGGGAAGAAAACGGCGAUACAGAGAGCCCAUAUUCAAGCGUUGAUGAACAUAAAACCAGUAUACAACGAGCGAGAUGUGCGUCGACUACGGGAAUUGUACCAUGCCUGUGAGACAAACUGCCGAGGUCUGAAAACCCUGGGAGUGGACGAAAGUUCGUAUGCUACGAUUGUUGUUCCGGAAAUACUCGACAAGCUGCCGGAAUCCCUUCGUUUGACGAUAACUCGUGGGUCAAGUGCAAGUGGAUCAGACUUUCUAAGUUGGACGAUGAAGGAUAUUUUAAAAGCACUGCUAGAUGAAAUUGAAUUACGCGAAGCACACGAAUCAUCUACGACGAACACGUCAAAACAAGAACGAAGGAAACCACAGUUUCUAGAUGGAUCGGCGGCUGCUCUUGUGAAUCAUACCACCAGGGAAGGGAAGCCAAGAUGCGUAUAUUGUUUACAAGAACAUUUAUCACAAGAUUGUAAGAAAAUUAAGAAUGCUGGUGAGCGUAAACAGAUACUUCGUAAGUACGGACGGUGUUUUGUAUGUUUAAAAAGAGGACAUAUUAGUAGUAAUUGUUUAAAUACGAGUAAAUGUAGUGCAUGCAGUAAACGACAUCAUAGUUCUAUUUGUGAGAGCCAUGCUAAUGGGUCUAUAACCGCUGACGUCGUUCAUUCCACACAUUCGUGCGUUGGGUCAGCAAAUAGAGUAGCAUUGCAGACAGCUCAGGCUUUGGUGAUGGGAGGAAAGGAGAAUGUGAGAGUGCGGGUUAUGUUUGACUCAGGAAGUCAACGGUCAUUUGUUACGGGCAAGGUAGCUCAGAAGGCAGGAGUGCCAGUAAAGAGGAAGGAAUGGGUAGAAAUUAGAACGUUCGGACAGGAGAAAGUUGAAGGGAAGUUGAGAGAAGUGUUUGAAUUGAAUGUAGCCCCAGUACAGGGGGGAGAGAGUGUUAGCAUUGACGUUUAUGGAGUAGACAGCAUUUCACAGAUUAGGAAUGAGCAUGUAGAGACAAGGAAGAAAGAUUACCCACAUUUGCAAGGGUUAUGGUUUUCCGAUGUUUGUAAGACCAAGAAUGUGUUAGAAAUAGAGUUACUAAUUGGCGCAGAUUAUUUGUGGUUAUUUCAAGAAGGGCGUACGGUUAGGGGCAAGAGUAAUGAACCUGUUGCGGUACAAACCAAAUUAGGAUGGGUGUUGUCAGGUCCACUGAAGAGUAGCUCUGAAGAUGAUGAUGGUCCUACAUCGUGUGCACAGGUAAGUGUAAACCUUAUUGGGCAUGUAACUUCAUCAAAGAAUAGGUCCCUUGAAGCAUGUGUUGAAAAAUUAUGGGAUUAUGAAACGUUAGGCAUAAAGCAUGAAGAGGAAGCUAGUGAGUUAUUAAAUGAUUCAAUACAUUUCAAUGGCCAAAGAUAUAGUGUAAGUUUACCUUGGAAGGAAGGGCAUAGUUUAUUGCCAACAAAUUAUAGCUGUAGUGUACAGAGAUUAAAGGGACAGCUUAGAGAGAGCUGA